UUACAAUAUGAUCACGCGUAUUAGAAAUUGAUUUUACUAUGUCACCAGAUUAGAGAAUAACCAUGUCAGCUGUCUUAGCAGUUUUACUGUUAUGCAUCUUGGGAGUCCCACAGGGCUCUCAAGGGCAAACCAUCCUAAAUAGUAUUAAGCCUACCAUAGGUUCGUUAGCUGGCGGGACAAGGAUUUCCAUCUAUGGCACCGGUUUUGGCGACAUGUAUACGUCAAGCAGGGUUGUCUUUAUAGGGCCCUACCCAUGCUCCAUCAUUUCUCACCUAAGCAGCAGUUCGGUGCUUACCUGCGAGACUGCUCCUGGCUUGGCUGGCACCUACUUCCUGACGAUAUCCGUCGACGGUGCUGACCCAACUUCAUAUUGGGGCUAUACCUACUACAACGAUAUCACUCCCACCUUUAAAGCCGUUACUCCCCAUGCGGGACCUCCUGGGACGCUGGCGUACCUUUACGGCGAUACGACCUGGUACCUGCGUUACCGCGACUGCGUCGAAUCAACUUGGGGUGACAUCGACUGCGUGGGCAGCAUCUUGUUUGGAGAUUAUCUCUGCAGGCAAGACCCUACCGACGCUGACACAGCAAUCACGUUCAAUGGCGCCGACAGCCAGCGCUAUGGGUACUCCGUGUACCGAAUCGGCUGUACCCUACCCACACCAGACGCAAGUAACUCCCAGCCCGCUAUUGGUACGGCGGGUAAUUUCAAUGCUACCGUCCACUUCGAAGCGAGUAUGUUCGGUGGCAUGCCGCUGACCCUGCUUUCGUCGUACAUGUACGACACGAAAGGCCAGCCGUACCACUUCCAGCUCUACCCGGAGGUCUCCAGCAUCUCCCCAGCUAUCGGCUCCAUUGCUGGUGGUACUCUGGUUCAGAUUACUGGGCGCGGCUUUCCCACGUCGGCCCUGGGCCUCAGCGAUGCGGUUAACGUAUCCAUUGCGGGAGUGCCAUGCAUCAUUGUGAACAGCACUUAUGACACGGUGUUUUGCGUCACGGGACCUAAGGCCGCCGCAGCGUCCUCCUCUGCCACGCCUAUUGGAGGCCUCUACACAGCCAUGCGAGGCCUGGAGUACGAGUUCUAUAAUAUUUCAAGCACCCUCUACUUCAGCCAGCUGUGGAGGCUCAACAAGACAAUAUUUCUGAACAACACAGCUGGGACGGGUUCGUACAAAACCGUGCUGACAAGCGUAGCUGAAGGCCCUGACUACACGAAAUCGUACUACUGCAGCCGCAUGAAGGCCUUUUUCACAGCGCCACACACGGGAAACUACAGGUUCUACAUGCAGGCGGACGACUAUGGACAGCUGAAUGGCACAUGGCGGCAGAGCAACGGCAUUGAAGUAACCCAGAUGCUGAUCAACCUCACCACCUGGACCCCGGUCGACACCUGGUUCAUGCGCUCGAUCCAGGUCUCCCCACCGGUUAAUCUUGCAGCCAACCAGCGUAUCCUGCUGGAGUCGUCCCACUGUAACGGGCCCAGCGUUGGCAACCAGCAGAUUGGUGUGCAGAUGCCUGUUCCCCAGCCACAGGCAAACUCCAUGGCGGAGAUCCAGAAGGUGACCGUGACGUCAAGCUUUGCUCCACAUCAGCUGUACAUCAAGUACAUGUACGGUGCCGGCGACAACACCACCGCCUACACAGUUACCGUGGCUGUGGAUGAUGAUUCCAAGCUGAACAAUUCGGCACUGG